AUGGCAAAUCAAACAGAGGGCCCGAAUGUCUUUCAUGACGAGCCUCAAUGGAAUUCCAGUCCCGCGUGGAAAUUACCAGGCUGGGCUGAGCCUGUGAUGGUAGCAAGUAUCCUAGUAGCAUCAAUGGUUUUAACCAGGAAAAGAGGCUUCAAAGUCCUGGGGAAAAAUCGCCGCUACGAUGGUUUCUUGAAUGGUGUGACGACCUCAGCUAGAUCUUCCUCUGAUCUCGAAACAAAGUACAUGCUAGAGGAUGACUCUUCCGAUGAUAACAAUGAUGAUUCUACGCGAACUCUUAGAAAUCCACCCAAGAAACGCUCUUGUUGUGGUAUCGUCUUGUAUACACCGAAUUCAUCUCGCUUCUCCCAUCAUCUACACAGCAGAAUUAUGCAAAAAUUUCCUUUUCUCAUGGAGAUGUUUUAUUGGAUCAUCACUUACGCUUUUUACCGCUCUACGGCCCUUCUAUCACAAGCCAUCUUUUCUAAAACAGGAAUUUGGGAUGUCGCACAGAAUAACGCUCUAGAAAUUCUUCGCCUCGAACAUCAAUCAUGGCUCAAGUUUUUGUGGCCAGUACACGAAAAUGAAGUCCAGCAAUGGUUUAUGAAUGGUCAUCAAACCUUCCUCACCAUAUUGAAUCGGUCUUACGCUCUCAUUCACAUUCCAGGCACGGUUGGCUUCAUUGCGUGGUACUACCAUGCCGCGCCAUCCCAUGCAAUUUUUGCAACGGUUCGAAGAACCAUGACUUUAACAAAUCUUCUCGCUUUUUCCAUUUUUAUUAUCUAUCCAUGCAUGCCACCUCGACUACUACCUCGAGAGUAUGGUUUUCUUGACUCUGUGGGCCACAACAACGCGCAAAGUGUCUGGAUGAGCGGAAAGUACGUCAACUCCUUGGCAGCUAUGCCGUCCAUGCAUUUUGGAUACGCAUUUUGCAUCGGUUGCACAGUGCUUUAUCACUCGGGAAUCUCACGCAUGAUUAGAGGUGGCGGUAAACAGAGGGGCUUCAAAAUCUGGACUUUUAUCCAUGCUCUAUUUGCCAUCUGGUACCCCUCUUGGAUCCUUUUGACCAUAGUAGCCACGGCUAAUCAUUACUACCUGGACGCAUUCUUUGCAUUAAUUGUCGUCAUAUUUGCUUACUUGUGCAACGAGAUUCUAAUGCUUCUGAUUCCUUUGGAAGACCUUCUCCUAUGGUGUCUGAGACUGGAGAAGCCUAAACCAACCACAGGUGACUCGAAAUUAUAUGGAUAG